CCUGCAGCAUGGAGGCGAGGGGCUGCCCGGCCUUCCCCACCGGCCGCCGGGCCGGGCCCCCCCCGGGGCCACCGCGGACCCCCGGCCCCUUCGUGGCCGGGCAGCCAGGACCCCCCCGGCACCCGCCGCCGCUCAGCCCCCACUGCCCGCCGGACAAGGCAGAGCCCCGGUAUUUGGGUGCCACCAGCCCGGGGCCCCUCGCCGUGGCCGUCAGUGGGAAGCCCUUCUACCCGGCCGGGGCUGCAGGUGGUGAGAAGGGAUGCAAAGGCGAGUACCAGGUGGUGCCCGCAGCCUGCCGAGCCCCCAGCAAAGCCCCGGGACAGCUGGGCUGCAUGCUGGCAGCACCCCUGGGCAGCCUGCGGGAGCACCCAGCUCCCCCGCUGCCCGAGUCCCUGCCGCUGGGCAGGAGCAAGAGCAAGAAGCGGAGGAACAGGACAACCUUCAGCACUUUCCAGCUGGAGGAGCUGGAGAAGGUUUUCCAGAAGACGCACUACCCCGACGUCUACUCUCGGGAGCAGCUGGCGCUGCGGACAGACCUGACCGAGGCCAGGGUGCAGGUCUGGUUCCAGAACCGACGGGCCAAGUGGCGGAAACGGGAACGCUAUGGGAAAAUCCAGGAGCUGCAGAGCAACCUCUGGCCAAGCUCCGGCCCUGGGAGCCCAACAGGGCCUUGUCUCGUGGCCCCCGAGAGCAUCCCGUCCCCGUGCGUGUCUCCGUACCCCCACGCUCACAGCAACAUGGCCAGCUUCAUGGGCAUCCCCACCUCUCCCAGCCACCCCCCCGGCAUCAACAGUCUGUAUUCCCUGCACGGCCUCCCCCCGACCCUCGGUGGCCACCCCUUCGAGCCCCCUCCAGAGAACGACUACAAAUCGCCCGCCCUGGUGACGCUGCGGAUGAAAGCCAAGGAGCCGGGCAGCCUGCUGGGCUGGACCACGUAACCCACCCCCACGGGACAUGGACCCCUCGCCUGAGCCCCCCACAGCCCCAGGACGCAUCCUCCCUGCCUGCCUCCUCCCUCCCGAGGCACACAGCACCGCUCGGCACUGGGGGGUGGGAGCGGGGCAGCGGGGUCACCCCUGUCCCCCAUGCACCCCGAUCACUGCCAGCUUCCCCCAGCCCAGCCCUCUCCAUCGCGCUAUCGGGGGGCAGCAAAAGGGUACCCCCGAAACACAGCCCACCCUGGCACCUCUCUGCCCCCCCCCCCGCAGACACAGAGAAGCAGCAAGUGGCUGGUGGGGGCCCAGCUGUCACUGCCUCUGCCAUGGGGGCUGGUGCUGGGACCUGGAAAUCAGCUCCAGAAAACCCUGAGGAUACUCUGAGGCUGCAGCCCCCAGGGAAGGUGACCAUGGGGGCAGGGAGGGGAGACCCGCAUGGCAGGGGGAGCUGGGUGGUUUUGGGGCACCAUUCCCUUCUCCUGGGGAACUGGGCUGCUCUCUUCCCCAGCUUGGACACGUGGCCCCUAAACCAGCGCAGAGCUCCCCCCUUCCUCCCUCCCCUCCCUCCGUCCCAGUCUGGGUGCCCCAGCUGCAGCUGUCCUGGAAGAAAUGGUCACUUCGGGUGGGGGGGGUGUCCAAUUUUUGGAGUGGUCUCAGGCAUCGGGAAGGAGGGGACAUGACUGAAUUUCCCCAUGCAGCUGAUGUGCUUCAUUUGCUCUGUGACAGGGGGGUCCCGGAGCAAACUGCAAAACACCCCCAAACACCUCUUCAAGGCAGUGCAUCCGAGCUUACUUUCCAGACAGUAAACGCCCCGUCACCACGGCCAAAUUGCCCAAAUCAAGCCAAGAACAGGUCUCUUCUUGCUCCUGCUGACCCCAUCUUUAAAAGAUGCUGUUAUACCCCCUUGUGCCAAAAAAAAAAACACAACGUAAUAUCCAAAACAGCCCUCCCCUUUUGCUGCCAGUUCUGCUGCAUGCCCGUGCUGGGGAAGGAAAGUGGAGACGCUCAGGAAAGGCCGAGCCUCACUGACCAGCCCAAUCUGGGGAAAAAAAAAACAAAACAAAACAAAACAAAACAAAACAAAACAAAACAAAAAAAAAAAAAAAAAAAAACAAGGUUUCCAUGCAAAACCCUCCAAAAGUCUCAGUACCCCAGGAGCACCAUGGCCACGGCAGGUGGACAACCCCCAGGGGCCCCAUACCGCACCCCCACUUCCUGCAGCCCCUGCCAUCUGCAGGGAUUUUGUUACUCAUUUAUAAACAAUAAAACACACUUUAAUAAGUUAUUUAUGGCUGGGGCCAUGCUGUAAAAGCCACGGUCUGUGAUCACCCGCACAGCUGGGGAACAUUUCGGAGAGGCUUGAUGGAGACACAGCUCGCUCACACCUCGGCUGCUCGGGCGCUGGCUCCUGCCCCGGGAGUGGAGCAGGCACAAGGUGGGUGCCGGGGGCUGCCCAAACCCCAGCGGGAGGGAAGCAGCCCUCAGCAGUUCAGCUUUGCAAACAAACACACCACAGCCCCCCCCAUCCACACCGCUCAGCGGGGAACGAGGGCAGGGUGCAGCAAGGGGAUGGUUUGUGUCACGGGACACCCAGCAGGAGCACCAUGGGUUCAGCCUCUGCCCCUGUCUUGCCUCUCGCUGAAAUCAGGGGUGAAUCUUUUGGGAUUCACCAACCCAAGCUACCCACAGCUGCUGCUACCCCUUGGUCAGGGAAACUGAGGCACAGCAAGGCACAAAGGGGAGCUCUGUUGUGACCAGGCUCCAGGGAUGGUUUUGGUCUCCAGCUCCUCCACUGAAUCACAGAAUUCGUUAAGGUUGGAAAAUACCUCCAAGAUCACCUGGUCCAACUGUCCCCCCACUACCAGCACCCACUGAGCCGUGUCCCCAAGCACCAGCCCCAACCUCUCCUGGAGCCCCCCCAGGGACGGGGACUCCCCCACCUCCCUG